ACCUCAGCAGUGGGCGAGCAGCCAUUGUUAACCAUCCUUAGCCAGCCAUUCCAUCAUCAAUUCAUCAUCACUGCUUCCUUUCUCAUGGCGGAGGAGAGCAACCGCAGACAGUUCGACGGCGAGGAUGACAAGAAAACGACCCUCCUUUCUCAUGAUCGUCGCUCCCCCAACCCUAUGGAGAAGCAGAAGAAGACUACUGCUGCUGCUGCAAAGGGUGGCUUCAGAACCAUUCCAUUCAUCAUGUUGAACGAGGCGUUUCAGACGUUGGUAAGCACGGGGCUGAACGCGAACAUGGUGAUCUACCUGACGACUGAGUUCCACAUGGCGGCAGCAGCUGCCUCCAGCGUCAUCUCCCUGUGGAGCUCGGCUUCCAGCACCAUGGCCAUCUUCGGUGCUUCGCUAGGCGACUCUUCCCUCGGCCGGUUUCGCGUCAUCCUCCUGUCCACUGUCCUCCACUCUCCUUAAUAAUACCAUAAUUCAAAACUCUUUGCUUAGUCUUUU